CUCUGCACCCUCCUGGCGACCAUCCAAUGUCACAUUCACGGUUCAUUCACUGCAACCUAACCUAACUUCCUGAAAAUAACACGGUGGAUGUUUAAAAUGCACGUGGAUAUAAUUGUGAAAAUAUUAAAAUAGGGCCGCGUUUGACAUUUUAAAUCUGGGUGUAAUGCAAAUGUUUUGAUAACAUACUGAUGAGCCGGACGAUAUUUGUGGCUACUAUCCUGGUCAUUCUCGCUUUGAAUGCGUUCAUUUGCAUGUCAGGAGGCCGAGUCGCUACCUGGUGCUUUUAUUCUCUAUCAUAUCAAAAAGCUGGGUGGCACUAAGCUGGCUGGAAAGGCAACAAAAACACGCGGAGUCAUUUCCCCUCUGAAGAUCUUCUCCGUUUCGCUACUACUGUACUUGCAAAAUAGUGCGCCCUACUGUCUCUAUUGCGCAUGACUGUACGUCGUAAUAUGAAGUAGGCCUCCUGUUUUUCUCCCUAACCCGGAGUCCUCCCGGCCCCCACCAUCUCGAUGCAACGUUCAAGUAAGCAAAACACGGAGGCUGCUGUCGAUUAUUCGCGAAGGCUGAGUGAUGUGUUUGUUACUCAGUCUGGGGGUUUUUUGUGUUGCAGGUGAAGUGUGGCUCACACAUGAAGAUUUGUCACUGCCUGGAAGGAUAGGAUCUAAAACAGCUACUUUUGUCCGCAAGGAUACAUUCCACAAAGUUGGGUUGACCAUGAUGUCUUUCCUGUUGUCUGGUGCCCUCUCGUGACCUCAAUGACCUCAACACUAGUUUUGACCGUAGAGUCAACUUUGACCCCAAACCCUUUCUAAGACCCCUGACCCAAGACGUUAACUGACCGCGUGCAUAAGCUGUAGUGGGGUGGUCUUCCAAAUGCCUACCUCACGCCUAAAGAGCAAUUCACUCCAGCCACAGCCCUGAUCAGCAGCCACCAUGACAUCAAGCAUAGGGGAUGAUUGUAGCAUCUUUGAUGGGUUGAUGGAAGAAGAUGAAAAGGACAAAGCGAAACGUGUGUCCCGUAACAAGUCCGAGAAGAAACGGAGAGACCAGUUCAAUGUCCUCAUCAAGGAACUCGGCACAAUGUUGCCAGGCAACACCAGGAAGAUGGACAAGUCCACCAUCCUGCAGAAAAGCAUUGACUUCCUGUGUAAACACAAAGAGAUCGCAGCUCAGUCGGAAUCAAGUGAGAUCAGGCAGGACUGGAAGCCUCCAUUUCUUAGCAAUGAAGAGUUCACCCAGCUCAUGCUGGAGGCUCUGGAUGGGUUCUUUAUAGCAAUAAUGACAGAUGGGAACAUUCUCUACGUCUCCGAGAGUGUCACCUCACUACUAGAACACCUACCGGCGGACUUGGUGGACCAGAAUCUGUUAAACUUCCUGCCAGUUGGGGAACACUCCGAUGUGUACAAGGCUCUGUCCACGCACCCCACUGACCCAGAGAGCCUUAGCUCCGAUUACCUUAAGACUAAGAAUCACAUGGAGUUCUGCUGCCAUAUGCUACGAGGGGCCAUUGACCCCAAAGAACCCCCUGUCUACGAAUAUGUUAAGUUCAUCGGCAACUUCAAGUCACUCAACAACGUUCCCAAUGUGACAAGGAAUGGUCUGGCAGGGGUGUUACAACGGUCACUACAACCUGCGUUUGAUGACCAGGUGUGCUUUGUAGCCACAGUCCGACUAGCCAAACCUCAGUUUAUCAAGGAGAUGUGUACAGUGGAGGAGCCCAAUGAAGAAUUCACCUCCAGGCACAGUUUAGAAUGGAAGUUCCUCUUCUUAGACCACAGAGCUCCGCCAAUCAUAGGCUACCUGCCUUUCGAGGUUCUAGGAACAUCAGGGUACGACUAUUACCAUGUGGAUGACCUGGAGACGCUAGCCAAGUGUCACGAACACUUGAUGCAGUAUGGUAAAGGGAAGUCUUGCUACUACCGUUUCCUGACUAAAGGUCAACAGUGGAUCUGGCUGCAGACACAUUACUACAUCACCUAUCACCAGUGGAACUCUAGGCCUGAGUUUAUUGUCUGCACACACACAGUAGUCAGCUAUGCAGAGGUGAGGGUAGAACAGCGCAGAGAGCUGGGUAUUGAGGAGUCUAACCCAGAGGUCACUGUGGAUAAGAGUCAGGACUCUGGCUCAGAGUCACAGCUGAAUACAUCCAGCCUCAAGGAGGCUCUGGAGCGAUUUGACCACAGCCGAACACCCUCAACCUCCUCGCGGAGUUCCCGGAAGUCCUCAUCGCAUGUCUCUGACAACACUUGCACUUCAACAGCCUCCAAGCUACACAUGGACACAGCCACGCCUCCUCGGCAGUCACUAGCCUCCACCAUGGAGAUGACAUCACAGCGUCGCUCAUCCAUCAGCAGCCAAUCUAUGAGCUCUCAGACCACAGGCCAGAGUGUGACUCCAGGCAUGAUCACUCAACAACAACAGCAGCAGCAGCAACAGCAGCAGCAACAGCAGCAGCAGCAGCAGCAACAACAACAACAACAACAACAACAACAACAACAACAACCACAACAACCACAGCAGCCACAGCAGCUACAGACAAACGUACAGCCGGUGAUGGAGUUCUCGGCGCAGGUGAAUGCUAUGCAGCACCUAAAGGAGCAGCUGGAGCAGAGGACCAGAAUGAUCCAGGCCAACAUCCAGAGGCAGCAGGAGGAACUCAGACACAUCCAAGAGCAGCUGCAGAGAGUCCAGGGACAGGGCAUACAGAUGUUGCUGCAGCAGCAGGGUGGAGCGAUGAAUGUACAGCUCCCUCAGGUGGGGUCGGUCCAACAAACGACCACUUUGACCAGUCAGGUCCAGCAAACACCAAUUAACCCCGUCCAUUCAGGAACUCAGCAGCUCACCAUCCAGCAGCAGGCACCUCCCCCUCAGCAGAGCCUACAGCAGCAGACCAAUGCCCUUACACAGCCCCAACGUCAGCCUCAGCAACCGGCCCAGGCUCAGCCCCAGACCCAGGGCUCUGUAUCUGCUCCACUGUACAACACCAUGAUGAUUUCCCAGCCAGGGCAGCCCAACGUACUGCAGAUCAGCACCAGCCUGCCGCAGAACAACACACCGCAAGGCACAACCGUGGCCACCUUCACACAGGACCGACAGAUCCGGUUCCCAGCAGGGCAGCAGCUGGUGACAAAGCUGGUGACAGCUCCCAUGGCAUGUGGCGCAGUCAUGGUGCCCACCUCCAUGUUCAUGGGACAGGUGGUCACCGCAUACAACCCCUUUGGUGGGCAACAGCAGGGAGGGCAGACACAGACCCUGACUCUGCAACCAGCCCAACCACCUCAAGGUCAGCCUGACAGCCAAAACCAGACAGCUGUAGUGGCUCAAAGUGGCCAGCAGGGGCAGCAGCAACAACAGCAAUUUCUACAGGGCACUCGUCUUCUUCAUAGUAACCAGUCUACUCAGCUGAUUCUGCAGGCAGCUUUCCCACUCCAACAACAGGGCGCAUUCACCCAGGCAACACACCAACAGCAAACACAGCAACAACAACAGCAACAGCAGCAGCAGCAGCAGCAGCAGCAGCAACAGCAGCAGCAGCAAAGGCAGCAGCAGCAGCAGCAGCAACAGCAGCAGCAACAGCAGCAGCAGCAACAACAAUCUCACCACCAGAGGCACCAGCAGCAGCUGAAACCACAGCCCCAGAAACAGCAGAAAGCCCCAUCAAUGCACAGGACUGACAGUGUCAGCAGCCAACCACAGUAAAGUCUGGAGAAAAAUGUGUUUAAUUUGGAAGACCUGGGGACCUGAAACUCUUAAGGGAUUGCUGCAUAUGUUUCUUUUGGUCAUGUGGCUGGCACAAACUUCAUUUUCCCCAAGAUCGUUGCCCUCGCUUCCUCCAACUGAGAGAAAUGAAUCAUAGGAAAGAGGAAAGAGUCCACAAGGGACUCGCUGAGGAUUGUCACCAUUGCAACAGGACGGAUUAAAAUCCACUUUUUCUUCACCAUAGGUGGAGUUGUGAGGGAGCUCCAGUCUCCGCGGAAACCCCCACAAAAAUCCAGAGAACACCUUAUUGCCACGGUAACGACGGAAUCUUUUUGAAGGUGUGUCAAAGUGGAUUGACCUUGUACAGAUUUACUGUAUGAUAAAAGAAAAAAACUUGUAAAUAUCCAGUAUAGCCUAACAGGAAACAGAAAUGUAGUAUUUUAUAUGAUUGCAUGGAAAGAAUAACUGUGUAAGCUUUUAUUAGUCGCUUUUGAAAAAGGAAUUUUUACUUUGUUCAAGUGUUUUUCUGGUCAAAGAGGGAGCAAUUAAAUGCUCUACGAGACCAUCUUCUCUCCCCCCACUUCUCUAAAAAAAAGAAAAAAAAAAAAGAAAAAAAAAGAGAGGAAAAAAAAGUCCAGAAUAAGGCUUUAAAGCUCUGUCAAGUUUGUUUUAAAAAAAGGUUGGGCUUGGGUUUUUUUGUGGAAGUUGUGUUUUUAAACACUAUGUCUCUGAGACAAUAAUGGAUCUUUUUAACUUUGUAAUUACAAAUUAUGUUUGGCAAGAAACUAGAUUACAGUUAAACUGAAUUAUUUGCAGGAUGAUCACUGUAUGUAUAACGGGUUUAGUGAUUCCAAGUGCCAAUAACAUAGUCAAUUAUGUUUUGUUUUUUUUUGUUUGUUUUUUGGUUUUUUUUUCAAGCAGACUAUUCAAAGGCGUAUAUAUUUUUCAACAAAAUAUUACCCCUAAUAAAGUUCAUGCGUGUGUAUAUAGUAGGGAUUAUUUUUUAACAAUCAGAGAGCCCUAUACGUAACAAACAGUAUAUCCUCAACCUCCUGAAACUUUAGCACUUGAUGUGGUUGUGUACAGUAAAUCACUGUCGAGACCUA